UACUUUCUUUUGAUUAGGAAGAAGUCUCUGCAGCGAUGUCGGAGACCGCUCCCGCCGCCGCUCCCGCUGUCGCGGCCCCCGCCGCCGCCAAGGCCGCCGCCAAGAAGCCGAAGAAGGCGGCGGGCGGCUCCAAAGCCCGCAAGCCGGCGGGCCCCAGCGUCACCGAGCUGAUCACCAAGGCCGUGUCCGCCUCCAAGGAGCGCAAGGGGCUCUCCCUCGCCGCCCUCAAGAAGGCGCUGGCCGCCGGCGGCUACGAUGUGGAGAAGAACAACAGCCGCAUCAAGCUGGGGCUCAAGAGCCUCGUCAGCAAGGGCACCCUGGUGCAGACCAAGGGCACCGGCGCCUCCGGCUCUUUCCGCCUGAGUAAGAAGCCGGGAGAAGUGAAGGAAAAAGCCCCCAAGAAGCGGGCGGCCGCUGCCAAGCCCAAGAAGCCGGCAGCCAAGAAGCCCGCCAGCGCCGCCAAGAAGCCCAAGAAAGCGGCGGCAGUGAAGAAGAGCCCCAAGAAAGCCAAGAAGCCGGCGGCUGCCGCGACCAAGAAAGCUGCCAAAAGCCCCAAGAAGGCGACGAAGGCUGCCAAGCCCAAAAAGGCGGCGGCAGCAGCAAAGAGCCCGGCCAAGGCGAAGGCGGUGAAGCCCAAAGCAGCCAAGCCCAAGGCGGCCAAGCCGAAAGCGGCCAAGGCGAAGAAGGCGGCGCCCAAGAAGUGAAGUGUUCAAGUGGAAAUACUUAAACCCAACGGCUCUUUUAAGAGCCACCCACUAUUGUCCAAAAAAGGGCUGAUACACUCCAUCACCGAGCUCCGUGCAUGCAGCAGAGCUAACCACACGCCACUGCCUAUGUGGGACAUUCGGUCUGUGAAGUGGAUGGGACGCUAAUCUUCCGGCCGUGGUUACGCUAAGACUUGGAAAAAUAAAGUUUACAUUCCCUGCGAAAA